UACUAUCGACAACAACAAUGGGAACGAGAGUUUAUCGAUGAUGCAUUAAAAAUUGUUAGUGAUACGUACAAUAAGUAUUACCGAGAUAAUUCUUUAGUUGCUAAUAAUCCAGCUCAAGAUCAAAAUAAAAGCAAUUUUUUUGGCUUGUUCGAAAUAGGUAAUGAUUCUUCUGAUGAAGAUGAACUAGAGGAAUAUCUUCGAAAACCUGUGGUUAAUUUUAAAACUAAUCCACUACAAUAG